GGCCAGGGGACAGCUAAAAGCUGCUUUGACCAGGAUGUUGGCGUUUAAAGCGGCAACGGAAGCGGCUUCUCCUAGCAUAGACGCGGACCCUUUGCUUUUUCAGCAAAAAAAGGACAGGCUGGAGAAGAUCUUUGAUGAAUAUAAGGAGCUCAACCUUGAGAUCCUAUUACUGGAUCCAGCUGAUGCCGAGCGGGUCGAAGAUUUUGAGGACAAGUACGAUGUGCUGCGUUGUUUCUAUGCGGGCAUAAUAAAUGCAGCGUUGGGCGAAUCUACGCCGCUCGCAUCGCCGCAGCGAUCCUUCGCGUCCCCCGGGGGAUGUAACGCGUCGCCAUUCAGGCUGCCACCUAUAAAUUUGAAGGUGUUUACUGGUGAGAACAACGAGCUGCUGCCUUGGAGUCACUGGGAGAGCGCACGCCCACUGGGCGACGCUCUAGCUUAAUAAGCUCAGCAACUAGUAAUGUCAAAGUGGUUAAGCCACUGAAGUCUAAAUGUAAGUUCUGUCAAUCUAAUGUUCACAAGCUGCAUCAGUGCUCAACUUUCAAAUUGAUGGAGCCUCAUAAGAAAAAACAAUUUGUUGUGUCUAAUAAAUUAUGUAGCAUUUGUUUAAAUGAACAUGUUGGUCAAAGAUGCAUCUAUUCUUUCAAGUGUGCUAUUUGCAAGGGCAAGCAUAAUACUCUAUUGCAUGAGGAAGUUCCUCAGCAGUGUGCGGCUGUGUCGCAGAUGGAUGAAACUGAAAACCCUAUUUCUGGGUACAUUAGUUUGUUAUUAAGUAGGAGAGGUACUGAUAUUUUACCUACCAUAAAGGCUAGGGUAUAUGAUAAGCACGGACAACCUAUGAUUGUUCGUUGUCUUCUAGACACGUGUAGCCAGAUUACCUUUUUGCGCUCUGAUGUAGCAGAGCGGUUAGGAUGUGAACUAUACCCUGAUGAUUCAGCGAUCUCAGGGGUGUGCGAUGCUCCCAGUUUUAAGGCCAUGCAGACCUCAUUGACGGUUCAUUCCAUGGUAACGGAUUAUAGUGUCGCAGUGACAUGCAAUGUUGUUAAAAAUAUUACGGCUAAUAUGCCACAGUUCUCUCUCAGGAAUGAAGUUAUAAAUAUACCGCCAAAUGUCCAGUUAGCUGAUGACAGUUUCGAUAUUUCUUCAAGGAUUGAUAUACUAUUAGCGUCCCACGUAUUCUUUCAGGCGCUUUUGCCGGAGCAGCUGCCUGCCUUGCCUAGCAAGCUGGUGCUGCAAAAUACACGCUUCGGGUUUAUAGUAGCUGGCCUGGCCGGUUGCUCCAGCGCAGCCCCGGUAUCAAGCUUAGCUUCAAAUUUUUGCUGUCAGCAGCUAACGCAGAAUAAUUAUGAAGGUAAAUUAGAUAACAUUGUAUCCCAAUUUUGGUUAACUGAGAAGGUUCCAGAAACAUAUACAGAGGCCAGCUCUGAACAAGAAUUAGCUGAAACAAUAUUUCAGGAGACUGUAGUCUUAAAAGAUAAUAAAUUUGAGGUGGCAUUGCCACUCAAACAGAAUAUUGUUGAUCUGUAUUUAGGGGAUUCACUGUCAUGUGCUAUCAAACGAUUCUUAAAUUUAGAAUUGCGCUUUAAAAAAGAUAACGACUUGUAUUUAAAAUAUAAAGCUUUCAUAGAUGAGUAUGUGCGGUUGGGUCAUGCUAAGUAUGUCAACAUUUCAGAGUACAACUUAGAAGGUGAAGCGGUUUAUUUUCUGGCCCACCACCCUGUUUUCAACCCCUCAAGUAAAACUUCAUCCCUUAGAGUAGUUUUUGACGGAUCGAUGCCUACUUUGGCAAAAAUUUCGCUCAAUGACGUUUUAUUGAAUGGGCCCGUUGUACAAAAUGAUCUGUUCAGUAUUUUGGUCUUGUUUCGCCUAUACAAGUUCAUUUUGAACUGCGAUAUACAAAAAAUGUUUAGGGCUAUUUCAUUAACCCCAGAGCAUAGGGCUUUGCAAAACAUUUUAUGGCGUAAAGAUAAGAAUUCAGAUAUACAAUGCCUUCAGCUGCAGACUGUAAGUUACGGUCUAAAAAGUUCGUCGUUUCUAGCCACUAGGUGCCUAUUAGAGUUAGUGAAUAGAUACAAAAGCGAUUAUCCCCUGGCCGCAGAAGCCUUGCUGUAUAAUACUUAUGUUGACGAUGUCAACCUGGUUGCUAAUGAUAUGAAUCAAAUAUUGUCAGCCAAAACACAACUGAUAGCCUUGCUAAGGUUAGGUGGCUUUGAGCUACACAAGUGGUGCUCAAAUGUAGAUAAUUUAUUAGAUGAUAUCCCACUUAGUUUACAAACUAAGGCAGUAGUAGACUUUUCCAAUGAAAAGGACCCAAUUGUGAAAACUUUAGGUAUCCGAUGUGACUUGGCUUCGGACACGAUUAUAAUGCUUGCCCCUAAACAGGAGGUUUGUGAUAAUUACACAAAAAGAAGUUUAUUGUCAUUUGUCAGCAGGCUUUUUGAUCCCCUAGGUUUAGUCGGGCCUGCCAUAGUCAAUGCUAAGCUGCUUUUACAGCAGACCUGGUUGGAAAAGCUCCAGUGGAACUCUCCGCUGCCGGACCACCUAAAUGAAGGGAUAAAAAGGUUUGCGACUAGUUUGAAUAAAAUGAAAAGCAUCAUUGUCAAAAGAAAUUUAGACACAUCUAAUGCUAAAAAUGUAGAUAUAAUUGGAUAUGCUGACGCUAGUGUAAAGGCUCACGGAUGUUGUUUAUACCUCCGGAUUGUAAAUUUAGAUGGUAGUGUUAGUGUUGGCCUAUUGUGUUCUAAGUCACGGGUGAAUCCAAUACAAAAAUUAAGUAUCCCUAGAGCAGAGCUUAAUGCAGCUUUGUUGCUGGCCAAGUUAGUUAAAAAGGUCUAUGACCUCAUCAAGGAUAAAUUUGAGGUUAAAGUUUACCUGUUCCUAGAUUCUCAAGUUGUAUUAUGUUGGCUCGCAACAAGUUCAUUAAAACUCAAUGUAUAUGUUGCCAAUAGGGCAAAAUAUAUACAGGAGACGACUCAAGAGUUCUCUUGGUAUUAUGUGCCUACAGAGCACAAUCCAGCUGACCUUUUGUCAAGGGGCGUUGACCCACAUCUGUUGCAAGGUAAUGACUUAUGGUUCUAUGGGCCUGCAUUCUUAAAAACAGCUGAUUUUCUACCCAAAAGUGGAUAUGAAAUACCAAGAGAAAUUCCUGAAUUAAGGGUCUCACAUGUAAUUGAAAAGAGUGAGCCCCUACCUCUGUUCACAGACUGUUCAAAUAUAGAUAAGAUUAAACGGAUUAUAUCCUAUAUGUAUAGAUUUGUCAAUAACUGUAAGGUUAAAUUAGAAAAUAGAAUGUUAGGGAAUUUAACGCCCCAAGAAUUGGAUUUUGCUUUAAAAAUUGUCCUCAGAUGGGUGCAGGCGCAGUACUUCGCACAAGAAAUAAAGGCUUUGAAUUUAAAGUUGCCUCUAAAGUCAAAUCUUCAGGCGUUGAACCCGUUUCUUGAUAACAUGCACCUAAUGCGUGUAGGUGGGCGGUUGCAGCAUGCUGACGUGCCUUAUGCCACUAAGCAUCCCAUAAUAUUGCCGAAGGGCUGUAAGCUUGUGCACUAUUUAAUAAAAAAAGAGCACAGGGUUCUGCUGCAUGCUGGGGCCAAGCUUGUCUGGUCAGAUUUAAGUUUAAGGUACCAUAUCAUUAAUGGUAUAAGAGAAGUUAAGUGUGUUAUAAAUAAGUGUAUAAUUUGUUUUAAGUUAAAAGCAAAAAAUGCCGAGCAAUUGAUGGGUUCUCUACCUUAUGACAGAAUAACGCCUUGCAGGGUAUUUGAAAAGACCGGAAUGGAUUUUGGAGGUCCUUAUAAUAUAAAAAUGUUAAGAGUGAGAAAACCUGUUAUUCGUAAGGCAUAUAUUUUGCUAUUUGUAUGUUUCACAACCAAGGCUCUGCAUAUUGAGUUGGUCUCAGACUUGACCACAGAAUGUUUCAUGAAUGCAUUAAAGAGGUUUAUAGCGCGUAGAAAUAAACCAAACAUAAUUUAUUGUGAUAAUGCCAGUACUUACAAAGGGGCUCAAAAUAAAUUAAAUGAGUUGUAUAAAUUGCAGUCUGCCACAGACCACAAGAAUGCUGUAGAGCUCUAUGCUGCCGAUCAAGGUAUUUCAUUCAAAUUUAUACCAAGUUAUUCUCCUGUGUUCGGUUCAUUGUGGGAGGCUGGAAUUAAAUCUGUAAAAUACCACUUAAAGCGGGUUGUAGGUGAAACCGUCCUAACAUAUGAAGAAUUAAAUUCUGUUAUCGUCCAGAUUGAAGGGAUUUGUAACUCAAGGCCCAUGACUGCUUUGCCUACAACCGAUGUAAAUGAGACUCCAUAUCUCAGCCCUGCUCAUUUUUUGACUGGCGCUCCUCUUACCACAUAUCCUGAAAAAGAUUGUACUAAAGGGUCUGUUAGUCUUACUAAGUUUUGGGAGCAAUGUAACCGUAUGGUUCAAAACUUUUGGAAACAGUGGUAUAAACAGUACCUUGUUCAAUUACAAAAUAGGUCAAAAUGGCGCAAGGAUUGUGAAAAUAUAAAAGUAGGUACUUUAGUCAUAGUUAAGGAUGACAAUGUUACACCUUUGAGGUGGCCCAUGGCCAGAGUAGUAGAGGUCUUCCCCGGAGUCGAUGGAAAAGUAAGGGCACUCUCCAUAAGGACACCUAAAGGGUCUGUCAUAAGAACAAGCAUAUAUAAAGUGUGUGUUCUACCAAUAGAUAGUUAAGUUGUAUAA